CUGGAAUACUCUGGAACGGUCUGGGUAUUUGCUCCUAUGAGCAGCCUUCUCCUCCUACGUCCAAACGGCUCCAUCUUCAGCAUCCACAACCACCUGGCCCUGACUCUGUUUGGGUACAGCCAGGAUGAGCUACUGGGAAAGAAUGUCACUUUCCUGAUGCCUGGUUUCUUUGGGUGGAUGUCUGACGACAAGGACAACCUAGAGUCUGAAUCUCAUGUGGAUGAGUGCAAAAGUCCAGCUGCAUCCAAAAUAUUAGGUGUUUCUG